GCGCAAGCGUAAAGAAAAAAGUUCGGCGGCGCUAGCAGACCGCCGCUGGUCACCUUUCACCAGCGAAGUGGAGAGAAUUUUUUUUUUUGGGGGGGGAGCUAUUUAAAGAAAAGACUGUACCGAGCUCGUCAAAGAACUGAAGUACUCCUUCGUACGGCGGACAGAGGGAGGCUGUAAUGACCCGCUGCGUUUGUCAGAGACGGAACAUGCGGGGAAAUGAUCUCGUGCGCGCGGAAGUUUGUGUUUACUUACGCCGCGGUAGCUAGCGUGUUGGCCCUGUUAGCCUGUUAGCGUGAAAGGUGCGCUGUGCCUGGACGGGUUAACAGCAACACUUACAAGUCAGCCCAGCUUAACGAGCUACGUUAAACAGUAGAAACAUACUGUAUAUAUCCUGAAGCUAACAACGAGCUGGUGGCAGAUGCUGCGGAUUGCUCAAACUCUUGAAACAUUGGUGCGGGCCACGAGCCGUGAACUCUGCGUGCGCGUGUCACACGCAGGCAGAAAUUAUUUACAAAGGGCACUUUAAGCCCUAAUCUGAAACGUAUAGAGCUGCAAAACGUGAUUUAAAUAUUAACUGCCGCCCUCAGUCUUGCGUCGCUGUGCGCACGAAUCAUCCUCCUCAUCGGACCUAGUACAACAUCCUCGUCUGCAAUGGGGCCCCUGUUUAGCCAUUGAGACCCGUGGAAGCGAUCUGGAGCCCGUUAACCAUGGGGGGAUGUAUGGGCAGAUACUUGGAAGGCUGGGAGGACUCGCAGAGCCGGGGCUCCUCCAGGAACGGUGGACGAGGAGAUCAGUCAGUGUUCUCCUGGCCUAGGUGUGCUCUGUGUUAAUACUGAAUAGUGGGAAACAUGAAGGGCGUAACGAACCUCUGAAAAAAGAUCGUCCUAAAUGGAAGAGUGACUACCCAAUGACAGAGGGCCAGCUACGGAGCAAGCGGGAUGAAUUUUGGGACACGGCGCCGGCCUUCGAGGGCCGCAAGGAAAUCUGGGACGCUCUGAAAGCAGCCGCUGUGGCCUUGGAGUGUAACGACCAUGAAUUAGCCCAGGCUAUAGUGGAUGGAGCCAGCAUCACACUGCCACAUGGUACCCUGACAGAGUGUUACGAUGAACUUGGGAACCGCUACCAGCUGCCCGUCUACUGCCUGGCACCACCCAUCAACCUCAUCUCAGAGCGUAGUGACGAAGACCCCAGCGACAGCCCUGAACCCCCAGUAGCAUCCAAGAAGGAAUUCCAGCUCAAGGUGCGGCUGUCCACAGGAAAGGACUUGCGUCUCAGCGUCAGCAUGGUUGACACCAUAGGCCAGCUGAAGAAGCAGCUCCAAGCCCAGGAAGACAUCGACGCCGUCCACCAGCGCUGGUUCUUCUCCGGGAAGCUGCUCACGGACAAGACGCGACUCCAAGACACUAAGAUCCAGAAGGACUUUGUGAUCCAGGUCAUCGUCAACCCACAGGCACUCCAAGACCCCAAGCCAUCACCACCGACAACCACCGCCUCCUCGCCUGUGCCCGAGUAAACAAGGACCGUCGGAAGAGCGAUGCAGUCUGUGAUGGACCAGAGGUGCCUCCCAAUGCUGGAUAACUUAUUCUUCUUGACAAAAGCUACUGUUACUGAAAGAGAAAUAAACUGUGAGGGUGAAACAAACAAAAACACACAAAGAAGAAACUGAAAAGUGCUGCUUUUUUCUUUUUUCUUUUUUUAAAAAAAAUGUCCCUGUGUGUGCGCGUGUGUGUUUUUUUUUGGGGGGGGGUUCUGCUGAGUCGUUCCAGUCAUCACACUAACCAGAGAUGCCUGUCAUCAUUGCAUAUUAAAGCAGAGCUCCUUGCGCUGGUGUGCAAGCCUUUUCUCAGUGCACAGAACGUGCACAUCAGAGCUGCACAUGCAGACUCUGCCUUUGCCCUUUAGCCUGCUAACAGAGUGCCAACAGAGGAACUGCAGAGGCGUUGGUUCUAGAGCGUAUUUCUGCUAGGUCACCUAUAAACUCAGCACUGUUGCUCUCUUUCUCCUCCACAGAAACAGGAAAGGAAAGCAGGAAAAAAAACAUGCUGACUAUUCUGAAUUUUUUUCCCUUUCUCUUACUGAGGAAAUUAAGUCAACUGGGCUUUUUUUGCACAUUUAAAGAUUAGUACUAUACUUUUGUGGUAGUUUGUGUGCCUUCUACAAGACAAAAACGGGGAGAGAUCACUGCAAUUUUACUGCUAGGCUAAUAUUAUUUUAGAUUCAGGAACCUUUAGAUGGACCUAAGCUAUAAGUGUUGCCUUUAUUUCUUUUACAAGAUUUCGUGAGUCUUGCGGACAGAAUGGUUGUGUAUGUGUGUGGGCGUGCGUGUGUAGAAGGGGGGUGUGCGACAAGAUUACAAAACUGACCCAUAUGAUCCAUUGAGAGUCGAGACUGGACUCAAAGUUAUAGCUUAAGUGAAUCAUGCCAUUCAUUUAAGGGAAAGAGGAAUUCCCUUGCAAAAGGUGUCGUCUUAACCGCUGCGUUGCUGACUGCGCAGUGACGCCCUGACCAGCAGGAGGGAGCAGCACAGGCCUUAUUACAUUUAAUCAGAUCAGUUGUUUAUGGUCACUUGUUUUGUUUUUUUUUUGUUUGUUUUUUCCCUUUCCAUCACCGGAUGAAUGUAAAUCCAGCCUUUUUCCUCUCGAUGUGGUCCGGUAAUGUUGAACAAAAAAAAGAAAGACUGGACAAAAAGGCAUGUUCUCUUCACCAGCAGGUUUGAUACGGAGCGGCGAGUGAAAACAAAGAGCUCAAGCUGUUUUUUGUUUUUUCUUCGGUAAAACUGGCCAUACCAGUGAUCCCCUACAUAUCAUGACUGCUGCUUACAAGCACAACCUGGGGAUUUCCACACAACGGUCUGUUUGCUUGUCAUGUAAAAGCAGUUGUAUAAGGCCUUCUGUGUGGCAGGAAGGCCCCACAGAGUGAUGUCAACAAGGUGGAUUUGGGAACUAAGUGUUCAUUUUGCAUAUAGCAAACUGGACAUAUGGCAGGUAUGGUCUUAAACAGGCAGGGAAAGGGAAAUGCAACAUACUGCUUUAUGGGAUUUUUGGGGGUUGGGGGGGCUUGUACUAAUACUGCUGGAGUUCCCCUUUAACAAGUUUUAAUUUAAUCAUAUUUUCACAGAUCUGACUGGAAAGCUAAAAAUAAAACAAACCAAAAUCUGUGCUUUAAGGCGAGAAUGUUUUUUUUCUGUGGUGGCUUUCCUGUAACCUGGUGUCAGUUCAGAGAACAAGGAGAGGUUUUCUCGAGCUUGUUUGUCUGUCUUAGUUUCACACUGAGCGGCGAGCACGCACUGCCUGUUUUCUUUACAUCAUAGCACAUCUGUUAGUGUUCAUGCCCCGACUCUAACCGGCUCUUGAAGAGCAACAAUAAUUGUUUGGAGGGCAGAGAGCCAUCAGCUUUGUCACCAGCCGCAGCGAUCACCAGAGGAAACAAACGAGUGAGAUGUGAUAUCUGUAUGUAAAUCUGCAGAGUUUGCAGACGAGCUGCAAGAUCUUUGGCAGUGGAACAUUUUCACUUUUAUAGCUGCUAGCAGUCCGGAGUUCACUCGACUUCACUCACCUUAAGCAGCCUUUGUUUGUAUGUACCCGUGGAGAUUAUUAGCUAUCAUCUGGGAACUUUUUAAAUUUAACAGCAUUCAUAAGUGAUAACCAGUGCACAAAAUAGGCUUGGCUGAUGCUGGAAUCCCUGAAAAAUUGGAUGUUGUCCCCAGAGGCUGGACUCCCAGAUUGAUGAGCUACAAACAAAACAGCCCCACAUUCAUCCCCUUCAUGCUGGACAAUCUGAAUCCACUUCAAAUCUCUGUGGCUGUAUUCACACUGGAGCUCAGUGAAGAUGAUUUUGCCUGAAUAAUAGCCAUGGAUCACUCGGUGUGAAAAACACCAUGCUUUAUUACCACAAUCACCCUUUCUUGUAUUUGCAAUCAGAGAUAUGAGACUGCUUUCCUGAGCAGUGUGUUUGCACAAGAGUCUGUUCGUCCCACGUGUAUGGGAGGAAAAAUAAAAGCCAUAAUCCUUAUCAUGACAUUUAUGUCACUGCAGAGCACACACCAGCUGAUUUUCUUUUCUCUUUUUUUCUUUUCUUCAGUGACUCAUUUCAAACUCAAAGUACAUUUAAGCUACUUUUGUUUUUUUCAAACUUCAGUUUUCAGUUGUCCUGUUUCUGCACACAAAGGAGGAAAGCCAAAGAUACAAGAGCACUCUGUGCAUCAGUUCCAGGUCACAUUGCAGAAUAAGCUGGUUCACUGUCACACACGUCCACAGCUGGACGACCUUUGUUUUCAUUCUCCGCUCCUGUCGCACAAAUAUCCUGCAUCAUCAGCAUCGUGGAGGUGAUAAAACUGACCUGAGCCACAGCAGCAGCUCACCACAUCAAGAUGAUGUUUCUUCUCUCUUUGUCUAGCCACUUUUCAACCUUGUGGUUCAUAAACUUGUGUGUGUUUUCAGGAUGUUUUUUCUUUCCUCCUUCACCUUUUACCUGUGGUUCCUAAAGGGAUAUGUUUUGUAACUAUCGUAUGCAAACUUGAACAAGCGUUUGUCUCUGUAUGUGCAAUACAAUAGACAUAGACCUCAUCAGUUUCGUGUCUGAUUUCUGCUUAUUGCUGAUUUCCAACAGCACCAGCCAUGAGUAUUGUCAAAAGGUACAAUCUGCAGUGCUGCAAUCACCUGUGUUUGUGUUGUCUCUUUAAAAUGUGUUGCUAGCUGUCGCCUUGACCGCCCCGUCCCCGCGGGCUCCUACUAUUUCUAGAGUAAAUAUCUAAAGAUUAAAAUUUGCCUACGCAGUUCAUUUCAGUGUCCAUUUAGCAUUGUGCGGCGCUCAUCUCAGCCGUUAAGGUUAGUGUCGUUGGACUUGAGGGUGCUCUGCUGACAGUUUUAUUCAUGGCAUCUCCUGUUAUGCCAUUCUUGCUGAAGUAAGCUUGUUUGCUUGCUCCGUGUCUUUGAGACUGUGAGCACUGACCAUUGUCCAAACUUAAUUAAAGGGACCACGUUAUUACACUAGAAAGUGCUUUAAGGUGCCCUCAGAGAACUGCAAACAGGACCCCUGAUUGACAGUAUACAAACGACUAAAGCCCAUCGCCCUCCCAUUAGCUGUUCAAUAUGCCAAUUAAAGGCAAAGUGUAAAUAUCUGCAUGGUUGCAUCCUAGGAGUGUUGUGCAAAGCAUAGCCAGCCAUUUAGUUAUUGCAUUAUCUAGCCCCCUGAACCUAGAACCCUAGUCACAGCCUUGGUUAUUUUUACCAACUGUCUUUGUUAAACCAGGUUCUGUGCACACUCACCAUUAAUCGUAUAAAAUAUGGACAUGGCUUGCAGGACUGAAAACCGAAGCCUAAACUUUAGUGCCUUAAACCUGUAUUGUUUUUAAUGGCCACCAGGGGGCCACAAAAAAAAGAUUUCUCAUCGUACAGUGUCAAUGGGAAACCGAUCCUUGUCCAGGUUCAAGGGGAGCCUAAAAACACUGGCUUACCUCGCUAACACAUUAGCAUAGCACACCCCUGCUGGGUUACUCUGGAAAUUGUCUUGUUUGUUAUCAGUCUUUCUGACAUGGUGUUUGCACAUAUAGGUCAUACGGACUUUAAGACAGGUUUGUGUUUUGCGUUGUUGCUCUAAUCACUGUUCUGCAUUUAUCAGCUUUGCGAACUAACCCAGAGAAAAAUGUUACCACUCGCAAUAGUCUUUUCUUUGUCUCAUUAGAUACAAGUUACUAAAAUCUGUUUCUUCUAAACCCAUAAGGAGAUAAAUUAUCUUCUCAACCUUGGAAUAUGAGGAAAAAGAUGAGAUAAAAUUGAAAUUCUGAGGCAUGAGAUUAAGCACUGAUACAAGUUUGUCAGUCGAGUUAUAUUUUGGAUCUCACUCUUGAAGUAACGGCAGUUAAUUCAAGAUAAAGAUGGUUUAAGAUUAUCUGUGAAGAUACAUCACGCAGCCUCAGCACAGGCAACAUGUGUUUAUUUAGCUCCCCCCCGCCUUCUGUCUUGAACCACUUCACCUCCUUUAGUUUGAGUUGAGUCCAGUGACUCAUCUUUUUCAGCGAAAUGUAAUCACAAUUUAUGAGAAGUCAAGCACUCAAAAAUGUUUGUGACUAUGAGAAGUGAUAGAAGUAGUGCCCAAGUCAACUUUAAGAUAUUUUUGAGCAUCUGGAGAUGUUUUUAAAUGGGAGAGGACUUGAGAUCAGAUCCCUUGACCACACUUUGAGGUGAUUCUCAACUGCAGACUGUAUAAAAAACAUGGACAUAGUUUUCAGGUCUUAACAGUGACAAUGUGAAUGUGCUUUAAACCUGCAUUCUCUCAUAUAACCAGCAGGGGGCUGCUACAGUCUGUACAGCAGAAUAUGCAUAGAAACGUUGCACGAAAAUCACCCUACUUCUCCCAUGAUCUACAGUCUCACUAAACAUUUUCCUGAUGAACUUUAUGGGCUCGGUCACUAGUUUCAAGUCCACAUUCACACAGUCUGAUGUUCCUUUUGUAAGUUGUGUUUAAUAAGAAUCAAAUUCAUGUUUAUGUUUAUUACGGAUCAUCUCUGGUUUUCGAACAUGAAAAUCCUUGAUGGUCAUAACUUAGGGGUGACAUCACUGCGGCUACGUCCAGCUUUUAUAUACAGUCUGUGUUCUCAUCAGAUGGCGUUUGGUCUCUUCCAUCAUUCGCUGAGCACCCUCAACGUGUCGAAUUUCAAUCAGGAGCAAUGCAAAUGGACACUGAUUACACACACAAUACCAUGCUUAUGGUCUCAAACUCCUUGGAAUAGUGCUGCGUAUCUGCAAACAUGUAAGACUUGACUGAAAUAAAUAUGUGACAUCAGGCACAUAUGUUCAUGAUAAACAGGAACUAAAUUCCAUGUAAAGCUGGUUAUAAAAGCCAUAACAAGCGGUGGAUAUUUAUUAAAAUUCUUUUGUUUUGUUUUUUUCUUUUUGUAUUGACACUCCACACAUUACUAUUGCAAAAGUUAAAGCUCUUUAAUUAUUCUGGCACAAGAGCAGCCAUAUGUAAAGCACUCAAAAAAGGAAACAAAAAAAGAAAAAUCGAGAGAGCCUAAUACAUAUUUUUGAAAUUGUCCACACCACCCAAGUGCGUAGGGGAAAAAAAGAGCGUCCUUUAACGAAUAUGUUUUGAAUGACAUCUGCAAAAUAAUUGUACCUUUGUUGGGUUCAUGUUUGUGCUGACUUCUUUUUAAAUCAUGAUUUUAAAUGGUUGAAUAAAAUCAAACUAUUAUACAAAUGAA